GUGGUUUUGUGUGGGGUGUUAGUUAUUGAGUGGCAUAUAAAUGUAUCUGGGCUUGAAGGAUAAUGCCAUGCCUGUUUUGGGAUUCAGUCAACCAACCAUCACUAUUCAUUCAUGGCCAGAGGGUAAAAAAAGAAUAAAACCAAAAAGGAAGAACAUACAACAGAAGGGAUUCGCUGGUGGUCACCCACCCAACUACUAACCUCCCGGCGUGUGGCUUAAGUACGGCUGAGCGGACGGGAAGCCCUGUUCUCCACACCCUGUGGUCGUAUGUAUCAGUCUUCUCAAGAAUGUCGCUCAAGUGCCACUAA